GGAAAAAAAAUUAGGUGGCCGAGACAAAAAAUAAUAUAAAAAAAAAUGUCUUAAAUAUAGAAAGAGGAAUUCCACAUGGUUGUCAACUCUUCCAUUACAAAUCUUUGUACGACGGAAAUGGUCACGAAUGGGAAAUGACGUCACGGCGAAAAAUUUCCCUCCAGAUGGCGACUCGGAACAAUAGCCCCGGAGGCCCACUCUAGAUCGGAGGGUGAGUUGCCUCUCAGUCUUGUCUGUCGCCGAUACAGUUUAUAGGUGACAGUUUGUCGCUUGUCUCCCAUCUAAACUCUAUAUCAGUCACACAGGAUUGUCAAAUGAAGAAGAAAACGAUGCGCGUUACUCCCUUAUCUAUAGUUUACUCUUCUCAUCUCAAUAGGAAGUAAGCCGCUCUUGUCAAAACAGAUUAAAUAUAAUUUGUGCGUUACCAAGAUAUAGAAGAAAGAUGAUUCUGCAAGUAAAAUAUAAUAAUAAAUUAUCCUUCUUUACACUUAUCUGCAGAGUCAUUCAUUGACUGCUGUUAUGGUCAUUUAAAAUGGCUAUAUCAAGGCAACCAGAAAUUAUCACAACAGAUUCUAGUGGAGAAGGAUUAUGUGAAGAACAACCAUCACGUGGAGAAACAAGGUGGAAAAGAUUUCAUCCAUUUAAGGUAGUUCGAAAAAUUUUCUGUCGUCGAAUAAAACGACAAGGAACUGAAGAAGUACAAGAAAGCUCAAAAAAAUCUUGGUCAACUAGUGAAUUACAAUAUAUACCAAAUGAUGAAAAUAGAUUUCAGGAUCACUCACCUCCUUAUAAAGUAGGUCUUAGUGUAUCCCAUGAUAGUAUCUUUUCUCAUGAUCAUAGCCCUGUUAAUAUGGAUCCUGAUGAAUUAGAAGAAUUACAGACAUCAUCACUUUCAAUUCCUAGAACUGAAAUGAAAGGCUUUAGGGAUGAACUAUUUACUAGAGUUAGAGCACGAAGAGAUUCAGAUGAUGAAGAUGUAGGGCUUCCGCAUAGUCCUUGUACUAGCCCAACUACAGCAGAUGUUCUUUCUCAAGGAUUAAAGGAGAAAUCUACAAAAUCUUUAAAUACUUGUAGUGCAGGAAGUCUUCUUAGUAUGGAGAGCUUAGAAAAUGAAGAGGAUUCUCUUGGACAAUUAUCCUCCGGCCAUUCAUCGCGAGCAUCACUAUUAGAUCGUUCAAUAGGAAAUGAUAGUGAUAUAGACACUAGUCAGUCUGUACCACUUAGUCAUGAAGCAGCUCUUCAUAAAAUAGCUGUACGUCCUAAACGCACUCAUAGAUUGCCACGACAGAGAAGAUUAAAACAGUUAGCACCACAGAAUACAAGUUUACCGAUAACACCAGAAUUAACUGAGGAAGGAAGAAAAUCUCCACUCAUUGGCAUUAAGAAAGAAUCUGAAAAUACAGUGGAAAUUAAUAAAGAAUUACCAAAACAAGAUGAAAAGAAAGAUCAUAUUCUUAAUAUUAUAGCUUCAGUACAUCAAACUUCUCAUUUACAACAAAAAUCUAAACAAACUUCGGCUACUUUACCAUUAGAUACCAAAUCUGUUGAUGGAAGUCAGCUAAUGAGAAGUAGAUCUGCAGCUGCUGAUCUCAAAUCAUAUCAGGAAAAUAGAUCAAGAACUUAUCUGUCAAUGGAAAAAAUGGAAAAUAUAAAAGAUCAAAAGGAGAUUAGUUAUAAAUCAAGCCAAAACAAAGGUAUUGUUAUUACAGUAAAUAAAAUGGAAACCACAUUCAGUGUUGAUGGCGAUGUAAACACUUGUCAGGAACAGCGAAUAGAAACAAUUAUUAGUGAUACAGAAAUGGAGGAUUUUGCACAAAUUGAUAAUAAACAAUAUAGUGAAAAUAGGAAAAUCACGACUGAUGUCUCUAACUGUGAUAUUCAUAAUUUUGAAAGAAAAACAUGUGAAAAAGAUGUAUCUUCAUCUAAAGAUGAAAAACUUACUGCUUAUGAUGUUAAAAAUUUAAAUAAAGAAACUGAAUCACAUAAAAUAUCAAUGGAUAUGACAAAUUAUAAUUUGCAUAAAAUAAAAUGUGAAAAUGAAGAAAGUACUACUACCAUUAUAAAAACUGGUUCAUCUAAUAUUGAAAAUUUAUCUUCUGAUAGUUCACAGCAAUUAUCUGGUUCCCACUCAGUUGCUGUUGUUACUGUCACCCAAUCUGAAUCUUCUCAUUUAAUUAAUGAAACAAUUAAACUACCUGUUCUAGGUGCUUAUGGUAAAACAGUUAUUCACACUGGAGGAGAUGUUUGGAGUGUUAAUAAUGUACAAAAUGAACCUGAAGUCAACCAAAAGAAUAUUGGUGUUCAAAAUCAGGAUUCUCGAGCAAGUAAUCGAGAAAAUUUAUUUGAAAUGGUAACAACCAGUAAUGAAAAAGAAAUAAAUGAAAAGUUUGAAACUUCAAAACAUUUUACUGAAAAAAUUGCUUUAAGCAAAGAAAAAAAUCCUGUUACACAGAAACGUUUUUCUGUUGAAAUUGUUCCCUUCAGUCAACGCAUUAAAGAUCCAAAUUAUGCAUUUUCAUCACCCAACAAAAUAGAAAACAGAUUUAGAAAUGUUGAUAAAGUUACAAGUAAGGAAUCUUCUAUAGAUUUAUCAACAAAAAAAGAAAACUUAACUGAAAGUAUUGUUUAUAAUGAAAAAUUAGAAUCCAAACAUCAAGAAAUGUCAUUAGAUAGUGGAAAAUUAAAUUGUCCUGUUCAUAUACGAAUUCAUCGUGGAAGUAAUGUAGAAAGUUCUGAUAAGAUUGGAAAUAUCUUGAAUCAAGUGGAACUUACAAGUACUUCUCUCUUUAAACAAAAUUCACAAAAAGAAACACUAAAAGAAAAUUCUAGUGAAUUGAAAAAGUUAAAUUCAUUUAUUUCCUCAGAUGAAAAGAAGACAUUAUCUGAGAAUACAAAUGACAAAGGAUUAAAUAAAAGUAGGAAAACUGAUAUGAAACUUGACAAUUCAGAACAAAAUAAAACUGGAGAAUUACUUAUUAGAGCACAAGAUGAUAAUACAGCAAUUAAUUCAAGUUUUACAACUGAUAGUUUAUCAAAACAAAGUUUAAUGGAAACAAAUUGUGAAACAACAAUAAUGGAAGUGAAUGUAAGAGAAACAACUCAAAUUUGGGAAAAAAUGGUAGCUGCAGAAAGUAGUUCCAUAGAAUCAAAGAAUAAACAGUUGUCAAGAAGUUCUUCAACAACUUCUGAAGAAGAACCAGAGCUUUUAAGAGUAUUUGCCAGAAGAUCAAUCAAACAAAAAUCAGAUGAAAAGGAUAUAAUAGAUAAUAAAACUAAUAUUGAAGAUACAGUUACUGUUAUAAAUUCUAAAAUUUUAGAUCAGAAAGAAUCAAAUAUAAUUAGUACAUCUAAUCACAGCACUAUUAUUAAGAUAUCAGAAACAGCCACACCUAAAUCAUCUGAUAAAUUACAAUCUAUUAACAUUCAAAAAUCAGGAAUAGAAAGAGUUUCUCCUAUAUUUCAAAAAGUUCAAAAAUUAGAUACAGAAAUCAAAAAUCCAAAAUCUUUAAAAUCAGAAAAAAUAUAUUCAAGUGAUUUGAAAUAUUCAGUUGAAACAAAAUCUGCUGGAAAUCAAAAUAUCGAAAAUGAUUCUCCAGUCAUCAAAGAUAAAAUGAUUUCAAUAAAAAGAGCUCCAUCUGUUGAAUCAUGUCCAAAAUCUUCAAUUAGUGAUGUUAAGACAUCGUGUCAACAAAUGCCAUCCGAAUCUUUAUCUGAAAAAAGCACAACUACAGAGAUCAUCAAUAAAUCAGAUGACACAAAACUAAAAGGUACUGUACUUCAAAGGACUCCAAGUGAUGGCAGAACAAAACCACCAAUUGAUACUAAGCCUGUACUUCAUAAAAUUAUAAAUGAUGCCAAAUUAAAAAAUGAUACAGAUGAUGCCAAAAUAAAAAGGGUGCCAUCCAUAAACUCAGAAUCAGAAUCACAAGAAACUGAAACAUUGUUAAAAACCACUAUACAAAACACUCAAACCUUAUGUAGUGGAAAUAAAGUAGUUGUGACUGAAAAAUUAAAGAAUAAUGAAAAAGAGAAUUCAGUUGCUUUUGCUACCAACAGACAAACUGAGCCACCAAUCAUAUCAACUCCCCAGAGGUGGCGUAAUAACAAAGUUCGUUCUCACACGACUUCUGAAGUCUCUCCAUCUGAUGUACACAAAGCUCAGUUGAGACAAAGGAAAGCUAGUGCUCCAGACCUACCAUCUACAAUUAAACAAAUAGAUGUAUGUGCAAAGGAGAAUUUAUACAGCACACCAUUACAUGGACAUAAACCGGAACCGCCUCCAAAAUCACCUUCUGUUACAGCACUAGUUGCAUCUAAAAGUCCUUCUCUUGGUAAUACAACUACAGAAAAUUCAAAAUUAAAAGAUAUUUCUAUUGCUUCAGUUAAAAAUAACAAAGAAGCAAAUCUUCCAUCUUGGCUCCAAUUAGCACAACAACGAAGAGAGCAAAGGGAACAACGUGAACGACUACUAAUGGGUCCCACAACCACUACUUUCGUUUUAGAGAGUUCUGGAAAGCCUACAAGAAAUUCUAAAGUAUGGGAUAUGGUCCAUAAUUUUCAAAAAUUACAAAUGACCUAGCAAAUUCAUCUGUGAAUUUUGCAAAUAAUGUUAUUGUUAUUAAUAUUCGAACUAUAUUAUUGAACAAAAGAAAGAAAACUAUUUGAAUCAGAUUAUCUUAUAACAUAGAAUUGUAUUCUUUGAUAUAAGAUAACAACAAUUAUCACAUUUUAUAGUUUUUUAUCUUAUAAAUAUAAAAAGUAGAAAUUAAGUGUUUCACUUAAUAAAUAACAAAUAACUCUUUUAUCUAGCCUUUAAAAAGUUUCUGUUUUAUGAAAUGCAGUACAUUUAAGGCAAUUUAUAAAGGUUAUUAAAAUUUGAUUUUAAGAAAUUUAUUGACAAUUAAGAUAAAUUAAAAUUUCAACACAAAAUUUCUAUUUUUCUGCCAAGAAUAAGUAAUACAGUUAACACAAAAAAUUCCAUCUGUUAGAACUUUCUUAUAAUUUAUCAUUUAAAAAAUUUUAUUUUUAUAAUAAAGUUUUAAAAAAUA